UACUAGAGGAGAUAUAGUGUUACCCUGCCUCUCUCCCACAGAGCUCGCACUUACCUUGUAAGUCCCACACUGGAGACUUAAACUAAAAAGGGGACUAGGAGAGGAGAGAGGAGGCUAUUUUUCACCGCACAGAGGCCACAACAGUCAUUUCUUUUUAUGUGUGUGUGUGUGGAAGUGUGUUAGUGUGUGUGUGACUUGAAUUUUUUUUGUUUUUUCUUGCUUUAAAGGCACGGACUUCGGCAUUUUCCUCCUCCAACACACCAAAAAAAAAGUGUGGUCGGUGUUUAGCCGGGCGGGUGGAUGAGUUUUGUGGAUGUUAUUUCCUGGAUUUUGUCUUCGGGCUGUGUCUGUCGACAGCCCAGAGACGGCAACAGUGUGUGGAAAAGUAGAUUUGUAUGUUAAACAUAUGGCUUCAACGAGGACAACACGCUGGAUGCUUGGUGAAGCAUGCUGGUGAAGAUGGUUAGAACGCACUUAAUGGGGCCGCUGUCACAGGCCCGGGUCAAAUGGCCGAGUAUAAUGGGAACAGGAGUCCUUUAUCUGCUGCUGCUGCUAUCAACCUGUCUCGGCCAAGACACGGAAGAUUGGCAAUAUGAAGAAUGUAAACUGUCUCGCUUGGGUCCUCCUGCUACCAUCGUCGCCAUAGAUGAAGAAAGUCCUAACGGAACAUUAUUGGUGGAGAACAUGCAGAUAAAUGGCGUGGCUGAAGGUCCGGAUCGUACCAUCUCUCUGUCUCUAAGGGAUAAUUACGACUACUGGGUGAUCCUUGACCCUUCCAAACAAGCCCUUUACCUUAAUAGCACAGGACGAGUUCUGGAUAGAGACCCUCCCUCAUAUAUUCAGUCCAUCGUGGUUCAGGUGCAGUGCACCAACGAGCUCAUCGGCACUGUGAUUUUACACGAAGUUCGCAUCGUCGUCCGAGACCGCAACGACAACGCGCCACGUUUCCAACAGCCGAGAUACUACGUCGCCGUCAGCGAGCUGACACCAGUGGGCACCACUAUCUUCUCUGGUUUCUAUGGGAAAAAUGGAGCGACAGACAUCGACGACGGCCCCAAUGGACAGAUAGAGUACACCAUCCAGUACAACCCGAAAGACCCGACAACAAACAGAACCUUUGACAUCCCUCUGACACUGUUUGGUGCCGUGGUUCUCAGAGAAAGACUGAACUAUGAGGAGAUAACACGGUACCUGGUCAUCAUACAGGCGAACGAUCGAGCACCCUAUCCAAGUGAACGCCGUACAGCCACCACCACUCUAACUGUGGAUGUACUGGACGGUGAUGACUUGGGUCCCAUGUUUCUACCUUGCACGCUUGUGGGAAAGACCCGUGACUGCAGUCCCAUCACAUACAGGGCUAAUGUACUGGAGCUGACAGACCCGAUUAAAGUGAGUCCCCUCAAUGUGACUCCACCCAUUCAAGCUGUGGACCAAGACAGGAACAUACAACCUCCCUCUGACAGGCCGGGGAUACUAUACACCAUCCUCAUUGGCAAGCCAGAGUCCUAUGCAGAAUAUUUCAGUCUGAACAGAACCACAGCGGAGCUCCUGCUACUGAAGCCCAUCGAUAGGGAACUCUACCGCAGAUUUGAUCUGGUUAUUAAGGCAGAGCAGGACAACGGUCACCCCUUGCCAGCUUUCGCCAACCUCCAAAUCGAAGUCCUGGAUGAAAACAACCAGGCGCCCUACUUCCUGGAGACCGGUUACCAUGGCUACGUCAGUGAGGCAUCACCAGUGGGGACCACGAUAGCGACCAAUGCCAGCCUGUCUGCACCGCUGGCCAUCAUAGCCCUGGAUAACGAUGUGGAGGAGACCAAAGAUCCUCAGCUGGAGCUAUCAUUGGACAGCUACACUCAUGUUUUCUCUGUAUCCACCACUGGAAUCAGAAGAUAUGUCACGCUGGUGCAGCCACUGGACAGAGAGACACAAGACUCCUAUACAUUCACGCUUUUAGCGUCCGACGGCGUCCAGCAAAGCGAUCCGGUUACCGUGACGAUAACAGUGUUGGACGCCAACGACAACACCCCGACUUUUGCCAACGUGUCUUAUCAUGUCAACCUGUUCACUGAUAUGAUGCCUGGAGAAACAGUGUUACAGCUGUCAGCAGUCGACUUUGAUGCAGGUCCCAAUGGUCAGGUCACCUAUCGGAUCUUAGUUGGUGACCAGGGACAUUUUCUGAUUGGCAACAGCACCGGGAUCAUUACUAUAGCACCAGGUGUUGUGCUCACCGUCGGCCGGAGCUACGCUUUGACUGUCGAAGCUAUGGACAAUGGGCCUGCCCCUCACAGAAGGUCAUCCAUUACCACGGUUUACAUCGAAGUUUUGCCCCCAAACAACCAGAGCCCGCCACGUUUCCCCAGGCAACAAUACAACCUGGAGAUCAGCGAGGCUAUGAGGACUGGAGCUACACUGCUUAAUCUGCAGGCGGUGGAUCGAGAGAGGGACCCCAUCACCUACGAAAUCCAAAGCGGAGACCGCCAUGGACAUUUUGAGCUUCAGCAGAAUUCAGGGUAUUUGGUUCUGGACAAGCCUCUGGACAGGGAGUCUGUGGACGCUUAUACUCUGGUGGUCACAGCCUCAGACGGACACCCAGACGGGACCUCCACUGCAGUGGUGAACGUCGCGGUGACAGAUGUUAAUGACAAUGACCCGGUGUUCGAUCCUUCACUGCCAGUGAACCUCACCGUCAUCGAGGAGAAGGAUCACGCCUACGUCGGACUGGUCAAGGCUACAGACCCUGAUCUGGGAGCAAGUGGCGAGGUCCAUUAUCGGCUCGUCAACCACCAGAAGCUGUUUUCCAUCAACGCUACAGGAGCGAUCAGAACUGCGGUGCCACUGGACAGAGAGGUGAAAGGCCACUACUUUCUGAUCGUCGAAGCCUGGGACGGCGCAGUGGACCCUCGGCGAUCCAGAUUAACACUGUCCGUCACCGUUCUGGACAUAGACGACAACAGCCCCGUAUUCACCCAACGAACUUACAACGUCAGCCUAGCAGAGAACAGCCCCAAAGAUAAAGUCAUAUUACAGUUAAAGGCGAUAGAUGCUGACCUCAGCUCCAACCUCACAUAUCGAAUCAGAACUGAAGGCUCAGACCCGGAGAUCGUUCAGCUAUUCCACGUCAACCCGGUGACUGGAGAGCUGUCGGUUCUCAAAGUUCUGGACUACGAGGCGCUGACUGACUCCGAAGCCACGUACACUUUCACUGUCGAGGCCGUGGACACGGAGGGAACCAUGCCUCCUGGACUAGCAUCGGUCACUGUCAGAAUCAUGGACAUGAAUGACUUUUCUCCAGUAUUCAGCAAGUCAGUGUACCGAGGCAUGGUUGCCCCGAAUGCUGUCAAGGGAACCAUUGUCACCACAGUGAGGGCCAAUGACUCUGACCCUGCGGGUACCCCAGCAGGUCUAGUGCGCUAUAAAGUGGACCAGGAGGCUUAUCCAUACUCUGCCAGUAUAUUUGAUGUAGAGGAAAGGACCGGACAUGUCGUAACCAGAGUAAACCUUAACGAGGAGCCCAACCUUAAGUUCACUCUGGUGGUGGUGGCUUAUGAUGAUGGUGUGCCGGCAAAGGAGAACACAACUCUAGUAGAGAUCACAGUCCUACAGCCUUCUGUCAUUCCUGUGUUCACUCAGGAGGAAUACAGGUUCCCACCAGUGAGUGAGGAGGCUGCCGUCGGAACCCCAGUGGGAACCAUCAUGGCAGCUGCUGUCAAUCAAACUAUCAUCUACUCCAUCAUCGAAGGCAACGAGGGAGGUGUGUUCAUAUUGAAUGAAACGACAGGAAUGAUUUCCACAGCCAUGCCCCUGGACUACGAGGCCAAUUCCAGCUUCGUUCUAAAGGUUGAAGCCGACUCCAUGAAAGUGGUGUCCUCGAACCUCCGAGCUCCCUCUAAGACGAACACGGCUAAGGUGAUAAUUGACAUCGAGGACGAGAACGACCACGCACCGGUUUUCACCAAACCUCUUUACAUCGGAGGGGUCGCGGAAGAUGCCAAAACCUUCACUUCUGUCUUGCAAGUACAGGCCUUGGACAGAGACACGGGUAACUACAGUGCUAUGAUGUACCGGCUGAUCAUUCCGCCUCCCGGUGGUAAAGACACUCGAGAUAGCAAAGACGGCUUUGUCAUCGAACCGUACAGCGGCGUGGUGAAGACGGCAAUCAUGUACCGCAACAUGAGGAGGUCAUAUUUCAAGUUUGAGGUGAUGGCUACAGACAAUUACGGCCAAGGACACAGCAGCAGGGCGGAUAUAGUGGUGUCCGUCGUGAACCAGCUGGACAUGCAGGUGGUCGUAUCAAAUGUCCCGCCAACUUACGUGGACAAAAACAAAGACAAGCUGGUUAGUAUUUUGGAACGCUACGUCCAGGACCAGAUACCGGGAGCAAAGGUUGUCGUGGAAACCAUUGGGCCUCAUCGCCAUGGUGACGGAAUGGAGCAGGAAGACUACACCAAGUCGGAUCUCAUGAUUUAUGCGAUUGACCCGUUGACAAAUAGAGCCGUAUCUCGACAGGAGCUCCACAAGUUUCUUGAUGGUAAACUGUUGGACAUUAACAAAGAGUUCCAGCCCCUCCUCCCUCCUGGUGGUCGGAUUCUGGAGAUCCGAACCCCUGAAGUGGUGACCAGCGUGAAGAAAGCCGUGCAGACUGUAGGCUACACAGAGGGGGCACUGUUGGCUCUGGCGGUUAUUAUCAUCGUCUGCUGCGUCCCCGCCAUAUUGAUCGUCAUUAUCACCUACAGACAAUUCAAAGAACGCCAGGCAGAGUGCGCCAAAACAGCCCGUAUCCAGAUGGCAUUGCCAACGGGCAAACCUGGGGGAGGCACUGCCAGCAACCUGUACGAGGAGCUUGGUGACAACGCCAUGCGUGGAUAUGGACAACACGAGACACAACAACUUCUCCGGCCUUCUCUGCUCAGACCCGAGGAGUUAUCAAUGGAAUCCGGCAUCGACCCCGGCCAGGACUACUACACACAAGAUUAUUACAACUACGAUCACGGGUAUGACCUUCCUCAGUACGGCAGUCGCAGGAAGCUGAUCUCACCCUCGGGCCUGUAUGAUGAAUACGGAGAAGUUGUUGUUGAUGAUGACGGCAGCUACUACUACAGCCCGCAGGAGUCAGACGGAGAGCUCGGCAGUAAAAAACGUCGGAUCAAGUUGGUGGUAGAUCGGGAAUACGAGACCAGCUCCACAGGCGAGGACAGCAUGCCGGAGACCCAACGCAACCGUUUGUCCUCCACCCUACCCAACAGCCACGCCAACCUCAACGGAAGCAUCUACGUGGCCCAGAACGGCUCCAUCAUCCGCACCCGGCGUUCAGUGAACGCCACAGGUCACACGCACACCAACACGAACAACAAUCUCAAACUCCCCUCCCCCGUCUUCAGCUCCCGGCUGGCCAAGCACUUUAAAAAACUCGACAAAAUGGCCGCGACGCUGGAGGAAAGGGUUCCCCUGAACAGCCCCAGAACGGACGUUGUUGGGUGCAACACGCUGCGCACCUUCCAAAGUUCGGGAAUGGUCGCCUCCGCGACGGCCACUUCCUCUUUCUCUAACACGGACAACACUAAAACGCUGAACGAGUUCAACGCUCGACAAUCCAGCCUGUCUUUAGGGUCGAGCAGCACCAGCAACAGCGCGGCGUCCAAAUCGAACCUGCUCAAAGCGGCGCAGGGCGGCGCGGAGCAGCCUCCGAGCUCAGCCGAGAGAGAGGAGGAGCUGAAAGACGGCGAGAGAGAGUCGAAGGUGGACGGCAGUAACGACGACGACGACGACAACGACGGACUCGUUACGAGCGGGCCGCUGGAGUGCCCGAGCGACAGGACGCAGUCGGAUGAGGAGGAGCUAUGGAUGGGCCCGUGGAACAAUCUCCACAUCCCCAUGACCAAACUCUGACUGAUCGUGACCCCAACUGUGCUCGCUCUCUUUUAUUGCCAAGAUCAUUAAAGCGUUCAGACAUCAUUUCUGCUCAUUAGUUGUGGAACUAACGGGGAUGCUCCAGUCCAAUUAAAACGAAAAUCUAAAUUAGCAGAUUGGUGCUCGGCUAAAUGGUGAAUUAGCAUAUUCUGAAUCUCAUUAAGACGAAAAGAUUUCUCACACACGGACUCGCAGAAUCUGUUUUUGUUUAGAUUCAGACACAGAUCAUCAAAAAAAAAGCGGAACCUUAAUUGGUUGCUUUGGCAGUUCACUCCAUUAAAAACGUCUUUGGUUACUCAGAGCAUCCCUGAAGCCCAACUGAGCUCAGAAGCUGCAACACGUCUGGAGAACUGGACCUAGAAUGAGAGGACUUGUUAUAUUUUCUACUUUGUUAAGAGAUAACGAGAGAGAAACUUUCUGAAAAAGUUUCUGAACUUUUUACGGCCCUUUAAAAGCGACUGGUGUCUCUGUUUGGAACCGCGCUCGUUUCAUUCAGUCUUAAGGCCACCGGUUCGACUCAUCCUGAAUUUGCCUGACACUUUGCAUUGACACAUGAAGUCUUGUAUUGUUCAAACUUGCCUUUUUAAUCCUUGUCAAGUUGCUUGGCAAAAAAUUUAUCCAAAUAAAAGACUUUGUCAUCCAUUGAAAU